GGCAUUGCUCUCAUACAUCUCAUGUUUAUCACCGAUUAGACUAUGAUCAAUCGAUGGUCAAUCAGCCGAGAAACAAAUCAAAGGCACAUGGUCGCGGAGAUGGGAGCGCCACGCGAGCCAUGUCUUCCUUCAGGGAGCUCACUCACCACCACCACCGCACAGGUCGUCAGCGAAAGUCUUACCUUGAACUGCCUUGCUCACCUAAGAGAAAUGAGGACUGUGGCCAGCUCAUUGAUCCGCAUCAAGCAGCGCUACAAAAUGCAUCAAUUCCUCGCUGUUUCUGUUCUAUCAGCAACAACAAUCCAGAAUGACGCAAGCGCCCAAAGUGCUCCUCUUGUUGACGUCUUUCGUUCUACUCGCUACAAAGGCUCGAGCAGAGUCAGAGACGGAUGACUCUUCCUGCGCACCUGGAGCAGCAGGCGUGUAUGACCUACCCCUCCACAUCGCAAGCAUUUUCGUCCUUCUUGUCGCUUCGGGCCUGGGUGUCUUUUUGCCCGUGGUUUUGGGAGAGAAGGGAAGUAAUGGUGGAUGGUUUGGGGGCGUGUUUUUUGCCUUGAAGUAUUUCGGGACUGGUAUAAUUGUCAGCUUGGGAUUCUGCCAUCUCUUGCAAGAUUCUUUUGAGACCUUCGCCAAUGAGUGUAUAGGAGAGCUCGCGUACGAGCCGACAGCGCCUGCGAUAGCGAUGGGCUCAAUGCUCGUCAUUUGGUUGAUCGAUUUCUUCUGUUCACGAUGGAUUGAAAAGAAACACGAAGGCAAUCCCAAAGACAUAUGCGAACUCGCAAAGCCACCUUCGCCGGACGGCGGCAAAUCCCCUUUCAUCGACUUGUGCUGCGAUUCGGGCUGCAAACCAGUGGUACACUUCGACGGAUCAAAAAAGAGGGCACACUGGGAUGUUCAACUCCUUGAAGGAGGGAUUGUAUUUCAUUCUGUCAUGAUUGGUGUCUCUCUGGGUGCACAGGCGAAUGGCUUUGCUGCUACUUUCGCAGCUCUCGUCUUCCAUCAACUCUUCGAAGGACUGGGCCUCGGUGCUCGUAUAGGGAUGCUUGUGUGGCCAGCUACAGUCGCUUCAACAUGGAAAAAGUACCUUAUGUGUAUGGUCUACACCCUUAUUACCCCCAUUGGCAUUGCUAUCGGCAUCGGUGUUCACCAGUCAUUCAACGAGAAUGGCCGUUCGGAACUGCUCGCUAUUGGCACCUUGAACGCCAUCUCGGCAGGCAUCUUGCUGUAUAGCGCACUUUGUCAGCUGCUCUACAAAGAGUGGGUCGUGGGGGACAUGAGACAGGCUGAGAGCUGGAGGGUCGGGGUGGCCUUGGGAGCGAUGAUGUUGGGGGUGUUUGCUAUGAGUCUGAUAGGGAAGUGGACAUGAGUCCAGCUCUAGAACACUCUUGAUCGUGUUUGCACAUACCUUGAGAUAGCAGGGGCCAUUUGUCGGGCAUUGCCGAACCAAACAAUUGCGGGAUGC